CAUUUUGUUUUCUUUUUCUAAAUUCUGUCAUCUGACUAUCUGUAGGCUUUGAAUUCUUAAAUCUUAGUUGAGUUCUUACAUUUUUAUUUCACAAAUCAAUUAUCAAACGUUGAUUACCGUUCUCGAGAAUUGUGAUUUAUUUUUUUAUUAAAAUCUAAAAUCCAUAAUGCCUUUAACUUAUAACAAGAAGAAGUUGCGUCGCAAGAUGAAAAAUAAGAUGCCGAAGGUUUCUUGUCCACUUAUAAAAGACCUUUGGGACGAUAACGCUUCUGUUGGAAAGAAUUUGAAAAAUUUUGGAUUAACCAAUGAUCCUAGUAAAUCUAUAUUAACUGGUUUUGUUAACACUCAACCUCAAGUACUAGGAGAAAGCCCUGAAGCUGUACCCGCCAGGAAAAGACGACAAUGUGAAAGUAAACCGCCAACUGAAGUAGUUAAGAAAUUAGAAGCUGAAGCCAACAAACCAAGACGACUUAAACAGAUCACAUUACCAACCGGCACAAUUAAGUUUUUAACUUAUCUAAUGGAAAAAUAUGGUGAUAACUAUAAAGCAAUGACAAAGGACCCUAAAAAUGUAUAUCAGAUGACAUGGAAACAAAUACGUGCUAAAAUAGUGACAUUUAAAAGCAUUAAAGAAUAUGAACACCUAAUGCCAAGACCAAUUGCAGAGUCUGAAUAAUAUAUAUUUUUUUAAAGCUAUACAACAAAUUUAAUUGAAAAUUGUAUAAUUAAAUGACAAAUUGUGUGAACUAU